UCCCGCAGCUGUCUCGUUCUCGCAUCACCAUCAGUCCGCAAGUGAAAAACUCCCCUGAUGUCAACCGUACUGUAAAAAGGCAGUGCUCGCGUUUCUUGGAACCAUCGCCCUCUAGGAGAUCGCACCUGAAAUCAACAACAGGAAUCAACGGGGGGGAUUCACAACGCGUGUCACAUCAGUCGCUUUUACUUGCGCGAGUUUUGAGGUCAGCGUGAGACCAGCUCGAUGAAUCCGCACCAGCAGCAACUGCCGGCUGCGGAUCCGGCCGUGCUCGCGCGCUACGAGUCGGACAAGCGCGCCUGGGAUGAGGCCAUCCGGGCGUACCAAGGGCCCGACCCGUUGGACAUUUGGUUCAACUUUAUCUGCUGGCUGGAGCAGCACAAGAUGCUGGACAAGGAGGGCGGCUUCCGGAAGAUUCUGGAGCAGUGCUUGAGCAACUUUGAGAACUACGAGAACUACAAGCAGGACGUGCGGAUGGUGAAGCUGUGGAUGAAGUUUAUUGACAUGCAAGCCAAUCCGCUGAACUUGUAUCAGUUUCUGUACAAGAAGAACGUCGGAACACAGUGCGCCUGCUUCUACAUCGGUUGGGCGCACUACUACGACGCGGCGAACGCGUUCAAACAGGCUGAAUCGAUCUUCAAUCUGGGCAUCCAGGUGAAGGCUCAACCGAUGGAGGAGCUGCAGGAGGCACAGAACAAGUUCCGGCUGUCGAUCGCUCAGCGGAUGCUGUACAACGACGCUUCAUCGAAGAAGCGUUCGGCCAACACGCUGGUCGAGCAGCGGCAGCAGAUUACCUCGCUGAGUCCACCGCAGAAAAAGCUAAAGUCUGAUUCUGGGGAGUACUAUCCACAGCCGGCUCAACAGCAGACUCAACAGCAGCAGCCGCAACCACAACCGCAAGCUGCGCAAAUUGCACAGGCACAACCACAACAACAUCAGUCGCAACCACAGCCGCAACCGCAGCCACAAUCUCACUACAAUCAGCAGAACUACUACCAGAAUCAGCAGCAAGUAGCGCAGCAAUCUACGGUUCAAGCUGCAGCUCCCGUUGCCAGUCCUGCUCCUGCCAACCCUACUACCGAGCACUACUAUCAGCAGGACAAGCAGAACGCUGCGUACUACCAGAACAGCAGUCAGCAGCACCACUACCCGCAGCAGACCCAGCAGACCAUGGUUCAACAGCAAGUCCAAGUUCCUGUCCAGCAGCAGCAGCAGCAGAUGCACCAGUCGCAACACCCGGUGCAACGCCAAGUUCAGCCACAACCCCAACAACCACACCAUCAGAUGCAGGCCCAACAUCAGGCACCGGUCGUGGCCACCCAGAACCCCACACCCGCGGCCCAAGCCAUGCCACCACCGCCGCCCCAAGUUCGUCCCCAACAACCGGCGAUCCAAGUGCAGCCCGUAGUCGCGACGCCCCAGCCGCAACCGGAACCUCCGAAGCCCCAGCCCGCACCCGCCCCACAACCCAUCCACAAGUCGGUCAUCAUCGAGAACUACGGUCUGACGAUGGAGAACGACAGUCUGAUCGAGUGCAACCUGAACAACUCGGCGUACGUGAUAUCGUCCUCGCUGAACUACGUGUACGACGACCCGAACCUGACCGGGUACUCGCUCGGCGUCGAAGAUCCGGCCCCGCCCGAGGAGGAAAAGGUCCCCGAUCCGGAACCAUCCGCCACCCGGCUACCGGUGGGGUUCGCCCGUGAGGCACGCUCCAACCACGAGCGGUGGGACGUCCCCCUGUGUCUAGAGGAACCGUACGACCCGAACCGGGUCUGUCGCUACCCGAAAGGGCACGUCUACCCGGAUCUGCACACCGGACAGCCCACGCUGGAGUUUUCACCGGAGGAGAUUCGGGCCCGCAAGUGGUACCGCCGGAAGGAGGAGCUGGAAGAGCAAGCCAAGCAGAAGCAGCAACAGUUGGAAGUGGAACGUCAACGACAGGAACGGCAGAGGCAGAUGCAGCUGCAGUAUCAGCAGCAGCAGGCCCAGCAGGCGGCCGCGGCGGCACAACAGCAAGCACAGCAGCAGGCACAGCAAGCCGGCUAUGGCCAUCAUCAGCAGCAACAGAUGAUUCCGCAGCAGCAGCGGGGCUAUCAGCAAGCUAAUCAGUAUCAGCACAUGCCAUAUCAACAUCAACAACAGCAGCAGUCGCAUCAUCCACCACCGCAGCAACAGGUUCAUCAGCAGUACCAGCAACCGACACCGCGACCUGCUCCGGUAGCGACUGCCCCAGUCCAACAAGCACCUCCCGCACAACCGCCAGCAAACCAUUAUUAUCACCAGCAACAACACCCACAGCAAACGCAACAGCAGCAGCAGCAGCAACAUCACCAACCGAUCCAGCAUCCGCCAGUUCAACCUGUUCAACAUUCACCUGCCGCCGCUCAUCCCGUACAACAUCCGUCGAUGCACAACAACUACGGAGGCCAUUACAGACCACCGUACGGACAGCAACAACAACAACAGCAGCAACAAUCGAACCAAUACCAGCCUCCGGCCCCGGUUCAUCAGCAACAGGCUGGACCACAUGCACAGCACUCUGUCCAACAGCCCUUCCAGCAGCACUCGCCAUACCAUGGUCAACAGCAGCAGCAGCAACAACAACAACACUAUGGUGCCAAUAGCUACAGCCACCAAGGUUACGGUCAACCUCCGGUGCAUCAUUCACCCGUUCAGACGCCCUCCCCGCAUCAUUACUCUCCGCAGCACAUGCACCACCAUCCUGGCCAGCAGCAACCGGCGGUGCCACCCCAAAGCUACGCUCCCCAUCCUGCCCCGAGGCCUCAGACUCCGGUUCAGCAACCGCAGCAGCAACAACAACAACAACCCCCAUACCAUCAUCAACCACCCGGUCAACCGGCGAUGCCUGGCCGACCCAUGCAGCGACCUCCCCAACCGUACGCCCAACCCGCCCCGGUACCCGUUGCAGUACCAACGACCAGCGCCGCCCCGUCUCAACACCUGCAGCGGACCACUUCGGUGCCUCAGCAACCCCAGCAAAUGCAGAAACCUCCACAACCGCAACAGCAGCAGCCCCAACCCCCGCCCACACAGGCGAAACCUCCGCCGGCGGCCCGCGCUUCCGCCAGCAGUCGGUUUAGCAACUGCGAUGACUUUGAGGAACAGAUCGAAGCGUCCACCAUUCGCUUCUCGACGUCGAGCGAGAACGGUGCCAGCAAGAACAAGACCAUUACGAUCAAGUUCAAGAAGGAGAAGACGACCUACUCGGCGCCGAGUCCCGUUCCCGGAGCGGCCCCGUCCGGCGGUUCGCUCUUGCCACCGGCAGCCGCCGCUUCCUCGGCGAACGACGCCAGCAAGAAGCUUAAAAAGGUGCUACCGGGCACUCCGUCGACGCCGGUGUCCCGGGCGCCACCGCCGCCGCCGCAGGGCGUUUCCGGCGGUGUGUCGAAGGAGAAGAGCAAAAACAGUUCUAAAAAGAGUUCCAAAGGUGUGGCCAAGAGUGGCGCCGGUAAGAAGUACGAUCCGGAUGCGACGGUCGUGCCUGCGAAUCGGACGGAUGCUAAUCUGCUGCUGUCGCUGUCGGGUGAUCCGGAAGAUUCGUCCCAAUCGUACGCGUCGUCCGUUGGAGGUACGAAGAAGAAGCCCAAGAAGAAAGUGCGCUACAUCGAGGAAGGGGAAGUCUUUGACGAUGAGUACCUGGACUCGGACGAGGACGAGUAUGAUGAUUCCGACGAGGACGACGACGAAGAUCUGGAGGAGAACGAUUCCUCGUACCAGUCCAACUCGGAGUUCAACACGUCGUUCAGCAACAUCUCGUUCGCGGGUGACAACAGCAAUGGGGCGUUCAACUUUGGCGGAAGCUCCUGCUCGACUCCGAUGCGGCACACGCAGACGUCCGGCGGCAUCUCCAAGACGUCGACCCCGAUCGGUUCGUUCCGGUACCUGAAGAAGCACGAGUCGAACCUUUCGCUCGGCCAGAACGAGGACUCGAUGAGCUCGACCGUGGUGGAGAACAGCUACUUCCAGACGGAGCACGACGAGGAAGCGAAGCGGCGCCGCAAGGAAAAGGCGCUCGCGAUCAUCGAGACGCACCUCGCGAAACCGUUCCUCGAUCCGUUCAGCAGCGAGCUGUGCAAGGCGUUCCUCACCAAGAUCGACUUCCCGUCGCGCGAGAACACCGACGACUACAAGGUGACGAACAACAACCUGCCCAAGAUGAUCAAGUCGCAGAUGUGCUCGCUCGCUGGGCGCACGUACAACGUCGAAAAGGAGGUCGGCCGGGGCUCGUACGGUUCGGUGUUCCGGGCGCUCAACACCGGCACCGGGGCGGUUGUGGCCAUCAAGUACCAGAAACCGGCCAACACGUGGGAGCUGUAUAUCUGCACGGAGGUGCGCAAGCGGAUCAAGAACCCGGACAUUUUGCCCGGCUUCAUGGACAUCUGCUCGGCUGUGAUUGCACCGAACGCGAGCGUUCUGGUGUCGGAAUUUUCCCAGUAUGGUUCGCUGCUGGACAUAAACAAUAAGAUACGUACGGCGACCACCAAGGUUAUGCACGAGUCUCUGGUGAUGCACUUUAGCAGCCAAAUCCUGUCGAUCGUCGAACAUUUGCAUGGCUGCAACAUCAUCCACGCCGACAUCAAGCCGGACAACUUUUUGCUGAUGCAAAUCCCCACGGUAGAGUCGGACAUCCCAACGCUUCGGCUGAUUGAUUUCGGUUGUGCCAUCGAUAUGAAUUUCUUCGAAAAGAAGCGCCAGUUCAAGAAGGUCAUCCAAACGGACGGCUUCACGUGCAUCGAGAUGCAGGAGGGCCGCCCGUGGUCCUUCCAGACGGAUCUGUUCUGCGUGGCCGGCACCAUCCACGUGAUGCUGUUUGGCGAGUACAUGCAGCUGACGAAGAAGUACGACCAGGACUGGGACAUCAAGCAGAAGCUGCCGAGGUACUUGAAGAAGCACGUCUGGACGGAGGUGUUCCAGAAGUUGCUCAACAUCAAGGACAUCAACCACAUGCCGAAGCUGAGUGCGCUGAAGGAGUUGAUUGACGGCGAGGUGUUCAACAUGGAGUCUGAGCUGAUGAAGCACAUCCGGACGCUGUCGAACCUGCUGAAGCGACGCUAAAUUUGUGGGAUCGAGGAAGCAAGCAAGCCUAGCUGGUCUGGUCGCUCUACAGGGGUAAGUCUUGGCUGUUGCUGUACAUUGGCGGGGGGAGGAGGGUCAGUGCAGCGCACGGUCAGCGUGAGAAAGGAAUCAAAAAAUAUUUAUACCACAAAUAGUGUUUAAAAGGGGAGAGCUGAAGGGAAUUACACACAGAUUUAUCUCACUAGAGUAGUGUGUAGCAAGCUGUGCUACACAUCAUAUUUAUCAAUACAAAAAUACAAACACACAAAAUGAUAUACUAUGAUCGUGUACUGGAGCGGAACUAGCUCCGAAUAGAGAUGUAUUUAUUGUGUUCUAUCUUACCGGAAGAUAGCUGCCACACUAGAGCACGCUAGAGCAGUGUAAAUAGUUUGUGAAGUUACUGACAAAAUUGUAUCCCAUAUGAUUGUAAUUUACCCUCAACACAAAACACACACAAAUAGUGGAAUUGGAAACAUAGUAUCGUGCGUAAUGAUUUCCUCCAAUUUUGGUACUUUAAUCUAACUGAAAGCCCCCAUUACUAAUCGCGAGUUAGGUUUUGUGUAGCAGAAAUUUAAACUGAAUUUCCUUGUUUAGUCCAAAGAAAAUGGUGACUGUUUCGAAGAAACGGCCCGGCUUAGGUUGCGAGUUAGAGACUUUCGUUUAGCACAAUAAUCAAUAAGGUUACAAAACAAAACAAAAUACAAGAACCCCACACUACUAGCCAGUACCCAACUGCGUGUGAUUUCUGACGCAGUCGUCGGCCGUACGGUAUAAAGGGAGUUGAGUUUGGUAGACUUGCUGAACUAAUCAUCAUCUCCCCCUCUCUCUAGCUCUUUCUCGCUGAAGUUACUGUGUAUAAAAGCAGCGUCACCCGUAAAAAGUGGGGCAAUAAAGGUCGCCGUGCCGGCGACACCUAUUGGAA